GAAUUCAACUGUAUAUGUAAUUUAGUUCAUUGGCACUAUACAAACCCAGAGGCAAUCACGUGACGACGAGUUUGGUGCCAAAUAAAAAGUGCAACAGUUCCUUCGGAUGUUUUCCCUGACAAUCACCAAGAAGAGUAAUUAAUCAAGACAAUAAAAGUGUGCAGAUGAAACAAAAGAUGUGCAGUGAAAGUGCAUCUGAUCCGUAACAGGUUCACUGUGGGAUUGUGUGAGGAAGUGUAGUUUACCCUUAGGGAGUGUGACGUGAAUUGUGCUGAUAAAUAUUCUUCAAGUGAGGUUACCACAAUACAAUGCGGUAUGUUUAAUAAGAACCGGACCUUCCCCUCGUGUGGAUCCAUCGCCACCAUGUGCGGCGACAAAAAACGACCGAACAGCAUGCGUGUGUUUGCGGCCUUCACCUCAGUUCCCGGAAACAUGAACAACUUCCGGUCGGAGAAACGCCGUCCAAAUAGCUGUUCAGAAUGGCUAACUAUGGCGAGAUCAACGAACAGAGCAAGCUUAAAAGAAAAACUUCAAGAAGAAUUUCUGUCGUGCAAAAUUUGCCUGGAGCCUUUUAUUAAGCCCAAGGCUUUGCCCUGUUUGCAUAGUUUCUGUGAGCACUGCUUAAGGGACUAUGUUCGCCGGCACCCAGGAGAGAAGCCGGGACACUUUCCCUGCCCCAUGUGCCGUAAGGACACACCUAUACCUCUUGGAGGAAUUUGUGACUUUCAGGACAACUUCUUGUUGUUGAGUUUGUCAGAUACACUUGAUGAAGAAAACAAUGACGACAAUACUGAACACUGGAAUAACAUCACUAAUUCGCCAUCAAGUGGAUUUUUAAGUGUUAACCAGAACCACCAGGUGUCGCCACCAAGGACAUUAGCGCCACCUACCCCACAAGAAACAUUUCUAAGGGGACUAGAUUGGUAUUUUGGUAAAGUUAGUCGACAUGCUUCUGAGGAUUGGCUUCUCUCCCCGGGAUACCCUAAAGGAACAUUCCUUGUCAGACAAGGCGAGGCUGCCCCUGACACCUUUACUCUUUCUGUACGUGACUGUGAUGAACUGCGUGGCUAUUUAGUGAAACAUUACAAAAUCUACACCCAGAGGUCUAAUGAUAUACGGGGCGAGGAUUAUUACUUUAUUACUCCCAAGAGGAUGUUUAGUUCACUGAGUGACCUUGUUAGUCAUUACUCAGACUCAGCAGAUGGGUUAUGUUGUAAGCUAGCUCAAACCUGCAUUAAACCCAGAUCACUCCUGUGGGCCUUCGAAAGAGGAAAACAAGAUGACUAUGCUACUGCACGAGAAUCAAUUUUACUGAUAAAAAAACUAGGAAGUGGCCAGUUUGGAGAAGUAUGGUUAGGUACAUGGCACAGCAGUCGACAGGUGGCAAUUAAGAUGCAGAAAAAGGAUGCUGUUUCCACGGCAGCCUUUCUGGACGAGGGGCAGAUCCUCAAGACGCUUGAGCACCCUAAUAUCAUUAAACUUCUAGGAAUCUCAAAUGAGGCAGAGCCUAUAUACCUUAUCACAGAAUACAUGUUGAAUGGCCGCCUGUCCAUGCACCUACGUGAAGGACAAGGUCGUGACCUUGGGGUCACACAGCUUCUGUGGAUAGCCACACAGAUUGCGGAAGGAAUGACGUACAUGGAGAAAGAGAAAUUUGUUCAUCGGAAUCUUGGCGCCAGAAACAUACUAGUGGGAGACAUGAAUGUGGUAAAAAUUGCUGGAUUUGGGAUGACCAAACUGGUGGAUGACCCUGAUUUCAACUUCAGGAGAGGACUAAAAAUGGCCAUCAAAUGGAUGGCACCUGAGGUCCUCAUGUGCAACAAAUACAGCACAAAAGCUGAUGUGUGGUCCUUUGGAAUAGUGCUAAUUGAAAUAUUCUCCUACGGCAAGGAGCCAUACGAAGGUUUGGGAAGUAAAGAAGCCUUUGACAAUGUGCAGCAUGGCUAUCGAAUACCUCGUCCUGAAGCAUGCCCUCCUGCGGUGUAUGAUGUCAUAUUACAGUGUUGGAAUGCAAACCCUCCUUCGCGACCUUCAUUUGACUUUUUGAACACUUUUUUACAUGACGCACAGUCCUCAUGACCUGAAGAUACAGCCUUGUGAGGAGUAAACAGUGUUUUGAGCAAAAACAGGGCAUUUUCAUCUUGUGCUACAUAUUCUAAAAAUGUCAGAGGUUUCAGAGCAAACAAAGACUGACUACACAGGCAGAUGAUCUUUUAAAAAACUUUAGAGACCACUGGAAAUGGUUACGUGUGCAGGACUUCUUCAGAUCUUAACUGAAAAGUGAUGAUUGUUCAUGGCAUGAAGGCAGUUAAACUACACAAACAGAUUUCAAAGUGCAAUGGAUUAAUCUCUUAAUGACAAUGCUUUAAGUUUGUUAUACUUCUGAGUAUAUCAGUGGAGUAAAACUUGUGUUCAGACAAACUCUUGUUAUAUUGUACCCCAGGGUUUGGAUAUUCAUAAUAACUGUAUAUCAUUUACCCAUUUCACUAAAUAUAAUUUCAUCUAUGUUGCCAUAACAUACCUUUGGUCUGAUCUUGUGAAAAACCUGUAAAUAUUUUGUCAAAAAUCUUGAAAGUGAUUGAUUUCUUCUUAUCAGAAGGUAUUAUGCAAACUAUUUUCAAAUCUAAUAUUUUUUUUUUUUUUUUUAAAGAAUUUUCAUGUUGGUUUUUAUUGCACUUGUUUGACCCAGCGACAUGACGAAUGUGAAUCUCGUACAUAUUGUAGCAUUGACACUUCAGUUUUACACUUCAGAUCCAUAAUAGUAAGGUCAAAUGAAAGGCAUCAUGUUUUGUAUAAGAUGGUCUUUAACUUCACAUGAUACAGGGUUAUACUGGGUAUUGUAGAUUAAGUGUUUUUACAUGUAUAAGGUACCUAACAUAUACCUCUGCUGGCUUUGUGAAGCCGACUGGGCAAUUUUUUACCAUUCAUACACUUUUAUUUUAAAAUAUAUGACAUACUUAUCGAAUGACCUGUUUACAAUCAGAUUGAUAUGGUUUUGUUUCACAAUUUUAGAAUUCCUAUUUCGCUCUUGAGCCAAUCCAUUUGAGACUGUUUUAUUGCAACAAAAUGACCUUUAUAAUUAGGUUUAAAAAUAGCAAAAGGUCAAAGCCAGUGUGUUAUUUUUCAUUUCUUUCAAAUUUUCCGAAUGUUGUUUCUUCAUGAAUUCUGUUGUACCUAAAUAUCAUAGUUUGUUGUAGAUCAAUAUGUAGUUGUGAGUCUUCAUUAACAUGGUUGGUCCAUUUGGUCUAAAUUAAUUCCUGUAUGCCUUAUUGCAGAAUUGGGUAAUUCAAAUUGGUUAGUAUUUCAUGACAAAUUAUCUUAUAUUAAUCAAUAUAUUUAUUCAAUUAUAAAAGGAAAAAACCUGGUAUUUAUUGUUGUCAUAUUCUUCAAAUUUUUACAAAACAUCGGUGGUAUGAAUUAUUUGAAUACAUGAAAUGAAGUUCAGAAAAAUAUUUUUCUCACUUUUUAUGGAAACAAGAAAACUUACAUGAAUUUGAUGCAAUAAGUCUGAAUGAAAUACCAUUAGAAUAUGUGAGGUGAAUAAUUUUAUUGCACACACUGAAGAUUUUUUAGUGUUUAAUUUUAACGUCCAGUCUCGUUUAAUAAGUAAUGAAAUGGAGGAUUUGAUAUCUGUCUCCGUGCUAAACGUUGUUAACUUUGCUGCCAGUGUUUUUGUUUUUUUUUCAUUACUUUGUUGAAAUUAAAUCCAUCCGAAUGUGUUCAUGAAUAGUGGUAUCCUCAGAUCUGUUGAUUUCACUACUUACAUCAGAUUUUCACAUACAUUGGGUUUACAGACAUUACUACACUAUAAUUGGUUCUAAUUGGUUCAAACAUGCUACCAACAGAGCCUGGUGAAGUUAUGAAAUUGGCAUCUUUGCUAGAUGUACAGAAAUUUUUGUAUUGAAUUAAGUCCUCCUGUUGGAGAUGUAGUGGCUCCACAGCCUUUGUACUAGACCUAUAAAGCUAGUUUUGCCCCAGUUGAUGAGCCUAGGACCAUUUGCCAUUAUGGACAGUGUUCCUGUAUCUGUUCAUGUAUGUUAAAAUUGUAGUUAUAUAUUUUUUUGUACAAAUGUAAAUAUGAACGUGAAACCCACCCAAUCUUUUUUAUUUUUUAAUUUUCUUAAUUCCUAUGUUAUUCUUCAUUUUGACAAGGUGUACAAUUAAUAGUGUAAAUUAAUUAAUUUUUAACGGGUUUGCCUCAAUUUGGGAUCAAAUUUACCAUAAUAACUGUAUGAUCAUAUAAGAACUCUCCACAUACCGCCCCAAGUUUUAAUGAACAUUUUCUUGAAUGGUCGUUAAUAAUGUUCCCGAAUGUUUCUCCUAUUUUUUCCUUGAGAAAUCUGCAUUCUACAUUUUAAAUGAAGCAUUUGAUUUCAAAGUUGGUUAAUAUCCCACAAAGAAAUGUAGGAAAGUGUUUCAGAAAGUACAAUGAAUGACCCCUUAUAUAUGUUUUGUUGGUGGUUCAAAAGCACUAGUUACAGUCGCUGUAAAUAAUAUACAGACUUGUAAACAAGAUUGAUAGUCUUUCAUCAGAAUUUUUUUUUUAAAUGCACCAGAAGUAACUAAUUAACAUACGGAUAUGCUCAUGAAACCAUUUUCCUUCUCUUUUUUUUUCUUCUUCAGUUUUACGAAUAUGAAAAUGGUACAUGUAUUUUUAAUGAUAAAUUCAACAUAAUAUCAAACAAAAAGAUGUUUCUAAAUGAGUUUGUUUAAAGUUUCUCAUACAGAUGAACUUGUAAUGAAAGACUAACUUAAGAGAUUACAUUCCAACUGUCUACAAUAUCUAAGAUAAAAGGUAAUGGAAAAUACUAAGCCAACACUUCAAUCUUAUUGACUUGGUUGAUGAAAGAUUUAAGAAAUUCAUAGGAAAGUGAUAAUUAUUGCACGUGACAUGAGACAACAAUAUCUGUUAAUGAAUUGCAAUAUACUGCGACACAAAAAUGCUCGAAGUUUCCUUGUUGAUGGUUGAUGUCUGACCGUUUACACGGAACUUAGAUAUUGACUGCAAUCAAUUGAUUAGUAAUCAGAGGUACACACACAUGGUUAAAAAUGCUCUGACUAAAUUGGCAGACCUUUAAAGCUCGACCCCUGGAAAUAAUUCUUCAAAAGUAAACAAAUUAAUUUUAUUCUUCAAAAAAUAAAAAAUUUCCUGUGGUCUUAACAUUUGUGAGUGUUGAAGGUGCUAGAGUCCUAUUUGAUACAGAUGUGUUUUUAUAUAUAUAUAUUUACAGAGAUGUUUCAGAGUCUCUUUUUAUUUUGGACAAUUAAACUUUGACUGUUUAUUAAAGUCUAAGGCAUGUUUCCGUAUAUUUAAGCUUUAAGAUAAAUGCUCUGAAAAAGUAACUGCAGUUUAAUCACAUUUUGUUGUUUGAAACAUGAAGAAUACAGAAGAUUGACAUCACUGUAUUUUGUAUUUAUAAUUUUACAACAUGACAGUUUUAUAUAAAAUUCAAUAUAUGCAUUCUUAAUCAGCAAUAAAAAGUUCUCUGAUUGAUACUUUUCAUUCACUAAAACAUUUUUUUUCACGAUCUUUGAUUUAUGCAUUUCAGUGUUUACUAUAUUAAUACCAUUUAUAAUGGAGAAGUUGAUCAUAUCUAGGGUUUUCAUUGAGUAUCAUGUGCUACUGUGCUGCCCCAUAAAUAUUCACAAAUGAUUGUAUAUAUAUAUGAAGUAUAAUCUUUAUAAUUUAUGAUAAAAUCCUUAUAAUCACCUCGUUCAUGUACUAUAAUCUACAUUGUCACGUCACAGACUUGUAUUUAAGGGGAAAAAACCUGAUUAAGUGUUAACAAUGUUGGAAGCUAUUUGAAUUGAUCAAGAUAGAUAUAUUUUUCUGUGUACAUACAGAUUAUCUAUGUAAAUAUUUUAGCAGAAAGUAGUGAAUGAAAUGAAUUCUUAGAUAUGUCUGCUGUUCAGAGUUGGUUUUUCUGCUAUUUUUUUUUUUUUACACAAUUUCUGAUUCUAAGAAAUAAUCAUCAGUGCAUUUGAAUUUGUGACAGUUCCAUGCACUCGCAAACUCAUGUUGCAUUUCUUUCUGCUUUGGUGUUCAUUUGAAUUUACCUCUAUAUUCUGACACAUGACUGCACAACAAGCCUUCCAUCAGGGAAGUUUCACUAGUUUUGGUACCAAAACCAUGGCCUGGAUUUUCUUUUACAAUUAGUGAAAAUUUUUAUUUCACACUGGAUGAGAAUACUUUUUGGCUACUAGAAUUUUGAAAAAUAUUCUUAAAUGUGUGCAUGUAAUGCAGAAUUGUUUUCUUAUUCACUGCUUUAUUAAACAAAAUUGCACCAAAACUAUUUUCUUAGAGAUACAUGCUGUAUCAGGGCUAUCUCCAGAACAAGACUAAAAUACAGUUUUGUUACCACAAAUAUGCAGUAAUUCAUCGAGAAAUUAACUUAGUUUAUAAACUUUUGACUUUCUUUACAAUUUGCACAGAUAAUGCAGAACUGUUGAUCUGUUGAUUUAAAAAUAUUUGUUUGCAUAUAAAUUAAUCUCAGCUCUUGUGUCACUGAUUGAUACAGGGAAAGACCUACCAUAUAUAUAUAAAAAAAUUUGCACGGUAUAGAGACGUUACAACUAUUCCACAGUAUGUUAAUAAAAAUUUCAUAUAUUAUUUUACUGUUUGAUUAACAGACCAGAUGACAGAAUUGAUAGAUAUUCUCGAUGCCACAAAUAUUUGUAUUUCAAUAGAGAGUAGACUACAUUCCUUCACUGAAUAAUCAAUGCAUGUUCAAUCAUAAAAUCAGAGUUUUAGAACAGAUUUUGCUUACAGUUGCUAUUCGCAGCUUUUGUUACGCUUUAUUUUAUCAGUCAUCCAGUUUACAAAUAUGUAUGUAAUGGUUGUGUGAACAACGUGAUCGUUCAUAUAUAUAUAUAUAUAUAUUUACCAGGUGUUCUUUUGUAAAAUCAUCAUAGUUCAUUUUUAUUCAGUAUUGAUUCAAUAUUUCAUUAAACAAAGCACCUUCAUCAUACAAUGUUCAUUGUACAGAGACUUCACAAAGGGAAAUAACUAUUGAAUGUAUUUUUGUCACAAACUUUGGUCAUGGCGAUCCUAGCUCGUGCUAAAUAUGUUGAAAUUAUUAUUACUAUACCUAUCAUUAUAUCCACCUUUGUCCGGUUCUUGGUUGCAUACUUAAGUCUUGCUGCAAAAGGUUAAUUGUGCCAUUUUUGUAGUGCUGAUCUACCAAUGAAAAUGCUCAUUACAUAAAUAUUGGGGAAUGCUUGUAUUGGUCAGUAACAAUUGAUUUGAUUGGAGCAGAGUGUUUACAAUUCAUUGCUCUGUGUGGAACAGAACGAAAAUAAAUAUGUUGAAAAAAAGUC